AUGAAGCAAUUUUUACAGGACAGUCAGAAACAACAACAAGAGGCACAGAAGGAAAUAAAUGACCUGCACAAACAAUUAAUUAAUACUGAGGUUAAACAUUGUAUAGGUGUGAGCACUGAAAAAAACAUAGACAAUCAAAAAGAUCAGGAAUUAACCAAUCAGCUAGCUAUAUUACAGCAUGUUCUUCAAGAGAAAGAUCAUCAACUACAUCUAUUAGCACAAGAAAGCCAGAAACAGCAACAGCUUUUACAAAACCAGAUACAAGACAUGCAAUUGAGGUUAGCUACCAAACACGAAACUGUUGAAGAGAGAGAAAUACAACAUGAGAUUAUUAGCCUUAAAGGAGAACUGGAAAGAAUGAAGUGUAACACUGCUGAAUCAUUGGACAACACUAUGUUAAAGAUGCAGUUAGAGAAUACAAAGAUAAAUGCAGAAAGCUCAGCCAAGGAUGUAGAGAAGGCUAAAGAAGAAUAUCAAACCAUGAAAAAGAUUGCUUCUGAUAGGAAACAUAGAAUACAAGAACUUGAAGAGAAAUUGCGAUCACUAAAACUCAGAGCACAAGCCUGGAAAUUAGAUGAUAGGGCAUUACAUGAAGAGCUUGAUGUCAUGAAGAAUUUGGUGGAUGUUAAGGAGAAACAAAGCAAUACAAUUCAAAUGGAACUUCAGCAUGUGUUAUCUGAAAAGCAAUAUGCAGUGGAAAAUGCAUCCAAAUUACAACAUGAGCUAGAAAUAUUGCAGCAGAUUUCCAAUGAGCGACAAAUUCAAAUGGAUUCAUUGAAACUUGAAAUGCAAUCAAAGGAACAACGUAUUCAAGAGAAAGACAAUACAAUUACCAACUUGAAACAUGGCAGUGAUACAAAUAAAAAGCUUGCAGACACACAAAAGAGACAGGUUGAAUCUCUUGAGCGUGCCAUCAAUUCUGCCGGUCAAACCAUUGAACAAAAACAAGCAGAAAUCAACAGUUUGCAAAAGAGCCUGAAGGUAGCAAAAAAAAUAGUAUCUCAGAAACAGACCAAACUUCAUCAUGUUCAAGAAAAUGUAGAUGGGGCAACAAUUUUAGCAGCUGAGAGACAGAAGGAAAUAAUGAAUUUGUUUGAAGAUCUUGAGAAAAACCGACUGCUGACCUCUGAUCAACACAUACAGAUCGAACUUUUACAAAAUGAUGUUUACAAUGCAAAAGAAGUCAUAGCCAAACAAAAAGAAGAAUUAUUGACUAUGAACAAAGAACUAACAGAAGUUAGUGAGGUUGCAGUUGAGAAGCAGUCGCGUUCAGAGAAUUUGAAGCUUGAACUUGAAGCAAUGAAGAAAUUAUCAGAUGAGUGUAAGAAUGAAAUCACAGAGCUGCAAAACAAAUUGGAAAACAUAACAUCAGUUUCUAAGGAAAGAGAAUUGAAGGUAGUAAAACUAGAUACUUUGGUUACAGAACAGAAAAAAGAGAAUGCAGGUUUACACAACCAGUUAGAACAACUGAAAGAACAACUGAGAGAUAUUAAUAGAGAUAUCAAAGAAUGUAAUGAACAACUUAAUCAAAAGUCAGCUGCACUGAUGGAAGAAGAAAGCAAGAAUAAGAGCCUGAAUGAGAAAAUAAGAAAUCUCAGCACCGAUGUUUCAGAGAAAACGAGACACAUUGAUCACCUUACUCAAAAUAUGAAGAUAUCAACACAGCUUUCUGAUGAGCGCCUUGCUGAAUUGAAGUCUUUGCAGCUUGAAAUUAAACAGCUGCUAUCUGAGAACAAAGAAUAUGAUAAGAUGUCCAUAAAAUUGAAGCAUGACUUGGAGUCAGCAAAAAACCAUGCUGAAAAUCGACAGAGAAAGGUUGAAGCAAUCAAUGGUCGCAUUGAAGUGUUUAAAAGAUUGGCUGAUGAGCGUAGUGAUCAGGUUCAAGCUUUGCAGAAAGAUUUGAAGGAUUCCCUUACAUUGGCAACAAAUAAACAGACACAGAUUGAUUCAAUGCAGGCAGUGAUUAUAAACCAAACAUCAGAACUGAAAGAUCUAAAUGAUAAAGUAUCUAAGUUUGCAACUGAGAACACCAAUAGCAUGAAGAAAAUACAAGACUUAUCAGAGGAUCUGAAACAAAAAACCAAAGAACUCUCUACGUUACAAGACAUCAAUCAAACUCUGUUCUAUGACAAAUGUAAAUCGGAAUCUGAGAAAAGUGAAUUAAACGAUGCAUUGAUUGCUGCUAAACACGUAUUAGAGUCUGAGAAAGAAACCAACAAAGCAACACUUCAUGCUAAUCAACUGCAAAUUGUUCAGUCAAGAGAAAAGAUUCAAGCUGCAGAAAAUGAACAGAAGAGAUUGUCACUUGCCAUGGACGAAAUGAAGGAUCACCUGACUACUGACCUCAACAAAGCUAACAAAAAAGCAGAAAAACUUUCCAAUAAGUUAUUUGAGUGUGAAUCUGAAUUGGCAUCACUGAUACGUCAUCAUGAUGCUGUUACUACAUCACUAAAAUCUGAGCGAAAGGAUAAUGGAACUCUCAAAGAGCAAUGUAAACGAGGUGAAGACUCAAUUAAUGGACUACGAGAGACAGUGAAGGACUUGACCAUCGAGGUAGAAAAAUCCAAGAUAGCACUUCAAACUAGUGAAGAUCGCAUUGUAAUGCUGACAAAAGAAAAGGACAAUCUGAUAAUAGAUUUCCACAGUAUGAGUGACAGAAUUAAAGAGAAGGAACUCAUGAUACAGGACAUAUACGAUAAGAAUCAACAAAACAUAGUUACUAUGACUCAUGAAUUCACACAUGAGAAAGACCAACUAGACAGGGAGAAACGUGAACUACAACUAGAACUGAAUGAGCACAAAGAACAAUGUGAGAUGUUACAAAGUCAGAUAAACCAAAGAAACACUCAACUGUUAAGCUUUGGAAAGACAUUGAGAGAUUUAGAAAAUGCUAAAAAAGUGGUUAAAGAACAGGAAAGUCGUAUUAGCCAACUGAACAAAGAAUUGAAAGAAACAAACUCAUACCUAACUGAUCUGAAUGCUUCUGUGUGCGACAAAGACAACAAGCUAGAUAAAAUGGACAAAUCAUUUGAGAAGUCACAUCGACUAGCAACUACAUUAAAAGAUCAGCUGAAGCAGCAAAGAGAGACAGCUGCGAAGUCAAUCAGAGAACGUGAACAAGAGAAAAUUGCGCUGAAUGCUACAUUAGCUGAUAUGGAGCACUCAUUGCACGCCACAACCCGUGAUUUGGAAGGAGUUACAAUGACCAAGAAGGCAUUAGAGGACAAUAACAAAGAAUUAAUGAUCAUGGUGAAUAAAUUACAAGAUGAUCUUUCAAGUGAAAGACAAAGUCGUGAAGAAUCCGAACUUACAGUUAAAGAGCAGAUCCGUUCCAUAGAGAACUACAAACGAGCAGAGGCAAUGUUGCAAGAAGAUCUAUGCCAACUGAGAGACAGUGUCGAAUCUAUGGAAAUAAAAUUGAGUGUUGAAAGAAAGAAAGUCGACCAGAUUAGAGCCGAAAGAGAAGAUCUGAAAGCUGCUAUUGCUGCAAUGGAAAAACGUUCGAGUGAACUACUACAAAAAAUGAAUCAGUAUCAGAAUGAGGUUACCAAUGCCAAACUAAAGAUGAAAUCAAAAUUUAGAAAUCUGAAAGAAGUAGAUGAUAAAGUAAUUGCUGAUUUGCAAUACCAAAUGAAUUUUCUAUGUACUGAAAAGGACAAACAGACCGAUCAGCUGAAUAGAAUGACAAAAGAAAUUGACGAGUUAAGAGAGGUAUCUUCAAAUAAAAGUGAGACUUGUAGAUCGUUAAAAAAACGUUUUGCAGAACUGGAAUGCGAAAAGAAAGAUAUAGCAGCCUCUCUAAAAAAAGCUGAAGAAUCUUUGAAAGUGGAAACAACAAUGCAGGAGAAAUUGAACGUGAGAAAUCAAGAAUUGGAAGCUGAAAUUGGAAGGAUGAGAAAGUCUUUGGCUAAGCUACAGGAACAGAUUACUGUAUCGCAAUAUUGCCCGAACCAGACGCCUCCCAAUAACUGUGCUGACCAAAGUUCAUCGGAAUUGAAGUCGGCUUUAACUGAGUUAACAAAGCAAAUACAAAAACAGCAAACGCCACCUAAGUUGGCCAGUCAAGUCGCAUACAAGGACAAGAAUAUGCUGGGCGCAGACAAAUGUCGGUUCCAUUAUUUCGAAUUUAUUGCCAGCCAUGGCGGUUACAACGAUAUUCCUGCUUUUGACCAAAAGAAAAAACAAGCUCUUGGGUUGUUGUCAGGGACGAGCAGGAGUGGUCGCACCUGUCAACCUAUUAAUGACCAUAAUAGACGUGCUGGAUUCUUAUUCGCAUUUGGUAUGACUGGCGCCACCAUUGUGGAUCUGUUCUAUGGUAAUUCGUACAUUAAACUUGACGUUUCUCCCGAAGUUGGAGUAUGGGUGACAGCUCUCAAUGUGGUGUACAUCGCAACAGUUUACUUUCCAUUUUUCGUGUGUGUAAGGUAUGCCAAUAAACUGGUUGGUUCGACGAUAGCUGUUAUGUUCUGCACAUAUCAUUUUAUAUUUGACACUGCUAAACGUAUCAAUUGUAGACGAGAAGACGCCAACACCGUGAAAGAUCAACACGAUGAACUACUUUAUUUUUCCGACAGCGUUUAUGUCAAAGAACGUUUAAAAACACGCCGAAAACGAUCUUUGUGCUGUGUUAGGGUUAUUGAAGAGUCCUUCUACGAGACACAAAAGAAGUUACAAGACAAAAUGAAACAGUUGAUUGUUGGAAUUGAAAACAUUAAGCAAGAUAAGAAAAAAAAAUUAUCAGAAAGUAUCACAUUCAUUGAAAAUGAGUUAGAAGAGCUAAAUAAGCUUGAAGAGGAGACUAACAGUGUUCUCCAUUCAAGUGAUAUCACUGUACUUUAUAAGAAGAUUCCUUUACUGGAAGAGAAGAUUGAGACCAGUCUUGACAGGAAAGCCCUCAGUGAUAACUAUCCAGAAGGACAGUUUGAAGUCAUGAUAGAUGUCAGUACAAUUAAGACUGACAUAGAUGCCAUACAAAUUGUAGAAAUUGAGUCUAGCACAAGUACUGAUGACAUUGAUUGGACAAAUAAAGAAGGUGAAGAAGUUCUCGGUUUAGUAGAAGGUCGAAUGAAUGAAAAGGGUGAGUUCUGGCUGGUUAGAGACUUUGACAAAUAUCCAAUGUUAUCAGCUAAGUUGGAUGAGAUGAAGUUCAGUACAGAAAUAGUUCUUGGUGAAAUUGACUUUGACCCAAAAGAUUUGGAAGAAGGCAGUUUAUGUUGGGGCUUAUUUGAUGAAGAUAGAUCUUGGUAUAGAGCAGUCAUAGAGAAACUGUUACCGGAUAAGGUGUGCAAUGACACUUGGAUGUUAAAAGAAAUAGUUCUUGGUGAAAUUGACUUUGACCCAAAAGAUUUGGAAGAAGGCAGUUUAUGUUGGGGCUUAUUUGAUGAAGAUAGAUCUUGGUAUAGAGCAGUCAUAGAGAAACUGUUACCUGAUAAGAAUUCUGCUGCAGUUCGGUGGUUAGACUAUGUUAAUGGCAGUGAAGUAAAGUUGCAUGAUUUACUGCCAUUAAAAGAACAAUUCAGACAAUUUCCCUAUCAGGGACUUAGAUGUACUCUAUUUGAUGAUCUUGAUGAUGAAAUGCCAAGAUAUGCUAGAUGGCAUUUUGCAGAUGUUACAACAGGACAUCUACUGAAGUGUACUCUAAAAAAGAAA